UUACGUUUACGUGAGACCGCUGAGCACAACGCUUCCUACAUCGGACCUCCAUUUUUGUUCUUGUCACGGGAUUACAGCAUGCUCUUAUCAAAGAGAUAAUAACAUCGAUUUCAGUGUUUUGUGACGUGCGGUUCAGUAUUUCUACAUAAUGGGGCGAAAGAAGAAGAAGCAAAUGAAGCCGUGGUGCUGGUACUGUAAUCGAGACUUUGACGAUGAGAAAAUUCUCAUUCAGCAUCAAAAGGCAAAACAUUUUAAAUGCCACAUUUGCCACAAGAAGCUAUAUACCGGUCCCGGCUUGGCUAUUCACUGCAUGCAGGUACACAAAGAGACGAUUGACAGUGUACCGAACGCAAUUCCAGGAAGGACAGACAUCGAGUUGGAAAUCUAUGGCAUGGAGGGAAUUCCAGAGAAAGACAUGCAGGAGAGAAGACGAACAUUAGAACAGAAAUCACAAGAGAGUCAGAAGAAGAAGUCAAACAAUCAGGAUGACUCUGAUGACGACGACGAUGAUGAUGAGGCUGGACCGUCUGUCCAGCAUGUAGCUGCUGUCCAGCCCCAGGCCGGGUACGUUGCACCAAUGACCCAACCUGGAAUGCCCCCUGUGGCUGGCGUACCUGGGAUGCCUCCUGCAGGAUAUCAAGGAAUGCCUCCGAUGAUGCCAGGUGUUCCUCCCAUGAUGCACGGCAUGCCUCCUGCCAUGCCUGGAAUGCCACCAGCCAUGAUGCAGAUGGGAGGGAUGAUGCCUCCCAUGAUGCCAGGGAUGCCUGGAAUUCCUCCAGGAAUCCCCCCUCACAUGGCUCCAAGGCCGGGGAUGCCCCACAUCGCUCCGACCCCUGCAGCCGGACCAAUCCCCAGCCGACCUGCAGCACCAGUGGUGCAGCCUGCUGUCACAAAGCCCCUCUUCCCCAGCGCAGCGCAGAUGGGCUCUGGUGUUAACAGCAGCACUACAGGCGUUUCCUCUCCACCUGCAGACCAUCAGUCUGCCUCCUCCCAGCCUCCCUUUUCUAACAUGCCCCAAGCCCAGCAGAACCCUUCAGUCGCUGCAGCGUCAAACUCACUCAGCACUGCCACGUCCUCUGAGCCUCCCAAAGCAACUUUCCCCGCCUACACCCAGCCCUCUGUCUCCUCUUCCACUUCUUCUUCUUCUAAUCCCUCUAGCAGCACUGUGGCUAAACCCCCGGCCACAGUGACCAGUAAGCCUGCCACCCUCACCACCACGAGUGCAACUAGUAAGUUGAUCCACCCUGAUGAGGAUAUCUCACUGGAGGAGAUGAAGGCUCAGUUGCCGCGUUACCAGCGUCUCAUACCCAGGGCUGGUCAGGCCCACGCUGCUGCUGCCCCUCCGGUGGCAGCUGGCAUAAUGCCCCCUCAGCAGGGUUUGCCACCACAGCAGCCUGGCAUGAGGCAUCCCAUGCAUGGGUCUCUGGCGGUGUCGGUCACUGACAUGACGGCUCCAGUGGUUGGAUCGUCGGGAGGAGUGUACGCCCUUGUCUCGGCACAUUUGGCCAAUGUUGUAAUGAACUGGUCGGGAAUGAAGUGUCAGUUUAAGUUAUUCCGAAUGGCCAUGGCCCUGGUUUGCAUGAGCGUAGAGUUUGGUCGGGCUGUGUGGCUGCGGUUCUACCCUCCAGCUUUCCCUCCGUGCCCCAACCCCAGCUUUGUAGCUCACCUGGGGGGAGUCCUGGUGGGUCUCACCCUAGGCGUGGUGGUCCUGCAGAACUACGAGCAACGGCUUCAGGAGCAGUCGCUGUUUUGGAUAUUUUUCUGCGUUUACACCUUGUUUGUGCUCUGUGCUGUGUUCUGGAACGUUUUUGCCUACAGCCUGCUCGAUGUGCGAAUACCCCCGGCACCAUGAACCUGCUUCCAGGGGGCCAGCUGGCAGGAUGUAUCACCUCAGCAUUCACGUUCAGAGUCUCACCUGUCGGUGAUCUAAGACGUCCCACAGCCUACUAGUUUCACUAACCCUAGCCUUAUCAUUCAAGCCGAACUCCUCCUGCGCUUUGUCUGUGUCUGCUGGUGGCUUGUGGAACUCCAUGAUAAAACAUCAGCAAAGAAGAAGCCUCGGAUUUAACACUACAGCAUUGCUUUUUACCUCUUCUGCCUAUUUCUUCUCAAUCCAACGGUGCCUUCUCAUGAAGACAUCACCUGCUGAAAGUAUUUCUGCACAUCUGCCUCUUGGUUGGAGUUAAAGCGACAACACCUUACAGUGUUACACCAUUUUUGAGUCAUAACAGUUUCUCGUAAUCCUCUUUAAGUGAAAAAAAUAUGUUUACUCUUACAGAACGUUGGUGUUUCUCUGUCCAUACAAGCAUCAGGUGCAUCACAUAGCACAACAGUUAGCUUUUCAAUGAAAACAGAUUCUUUAAGCUACACAUCAGUCACCUUUACAGGUUAAGAAUUUAAGUUUUGAAGAGGGUGAGUUACUGUUAAGUAUUGCCUUCAGAAUCAAUAUAUAGGCAUGGGCCGACUAGGUAUAAUAAGGAUCUCAAACUACUACAUUUUUCCAACAUGCCAUGGUUUCAGUUUGAAGUCCAUGAGGCCCCCUACUACUAACCAAUAGAUAUUAUUUUUUUUAAGAAACAUUGUUUUCUUCUGUUUUUGCAAAAAAUCUCCAUCUUCACAGUUUGUGGGAUUUCAGUUCAAACAGCUGCACUGGCUUUGCUGCGCCAGCAGUUGACAAUAGUCUUGACAUUAACAAUGUUGAACUUUACAAGAAGAAAAUCCUAAAUAUGGCUAAAACAGAGCUAAGCUAGUCAAAUGACUAAUAAUCUCAUAGUGAUUAAAAAACUGGAAUAAACAGAGAUAAGCUGAUACAUUUUUGUUUUAAAUCUUUGUGUAAAUGUCAUGAUAUCAGUUUGCAGACUUCAAACUGUCUUACCAGGAGAAACACUUACUGGCCCAUGCCUAUAAAAACAACCGUGUCGAGCGCUUUUAAAAACCUCAGUCUCGUCUCCUUUCUGUGUACAGGGACUGUGUUUGUACUUAUAAAAAACAAACAGAAGUGCCAUUCUGACUUGAAUCUUUCUGAUGCCAAAACAUUGCUGCAAGCACUGGCGAGAAGUGUGUCCCUAAUGAGUGUUGCUAGGUUUUGUGACUAAGGAGUUUGUCAAAUGUAAGAGAAAAACCUUUAGUGAAGAACAUCCUCCUGGUACAAAUAAAUGCAGUGAAAUUCUUUAUCUUUCCUAACAAAGUGCUUCAUUUAUAGUAAUUGUUGCAAAAAGUAUAAAUAAAACACAAAAGAUAACUUUAUUCAUUCAUGGUUGAGCCUCAGUGAAUCAUUUUCUCGUGAACAUACAUCCUUGACCUCAAGUCAUUCAAGUUUAGGUUGUUUCAUUUUCAGUUCAGAAGCCAGCUGGACAAAAAAAAAUAAAAUCAAUAUUUCCCUUUUAGUUCUUGUCUCAACUUGAUUGGUUAAUUGAUUGGAGCUGAAAUAGGAGGAAAUCAUCACCCAAAGCUUGAGGUCUCUAACUGUACUGUAUUUUAAGACUCAUGUUACACGCUUUAAUGACUAUUAAUCUAAUGAAGUCCAGAUUAAUGUUUUAACAUGUUAGAUUUUUUUAUGUGGUGAUACUGGUAUGUUGCGUAAUUGUUUGGACAUCAUAUAUGUUCGAUAUAUUCUGUAUGUAUCCUAUUUAAAUGAAGGUUAAUGAUGGCCUGGGAUUGUACAUAAUAAGGGCUACUACACCAAACAGAGUGAGGAGUAAAACUGCAGAUAGUAUUUUGAUGUUGUGCAUAUUUUGUAGAUUUGAUAUGUGCAUAAAAGGGGUCCAAUAAAAUGUUUUAUACAAAUCUAAA